GUAGUUGGGGAGGGAGAGGGAGAGGGAGAGGAGGGAGAGGAGGAGGGAGAUGGGGAGAGGGGGAAAGGGGAGGUGAGUGGGGGAAAUGAGGUGAAGGUUGAGGACGGGAAGGGUAACGGCGAAAAGGAAAAUGAGGAGAAGAAACCAAGUGUUGGGGGUGUAGCUUCGACUGGUGAAAAGGAAGGCGAGGCAGUCAUUGAUGGAGUGAUCAGGAAGCUGACUCGGCUGGUGGGUAGUGGGAAGUCAUCACGUCGUCUCCUGGACAUGGAGUUGAUCUACCUAACUGACACUGGUGGCCAGCAACCAUUCUGGGACCUCAUCCCGAUAUUCGCACGUGACACCUCAGCCACCCUCUUUGUCCACAGGCUCUGCGAGAAGCUUGACGAACACCCUCUGAAUGACCUCUACCAGAGAGGGAAACAGGUUGGUCCCAGCCAGAGAGCGACGCUCACCACUGCACAGGCCUUCAAGACAAUGCUUCGAGGCCAGCAUGAAAGAGAGAAACGCUCCAAGAUCAUUGCUGUUGGCACCCACCGAGACCUAAUCAAGGAGUGUGAAGAAACAAUACACCAAAAGAACGAGAAAUUUGCUGCAAUUUCAUCACCUCACUUCGAAGAAGAUAUAGUUUAUCGAAAUGAAGACAUGAAGCAGAUUGUUUUUCCGCUUAAUACCAAAACACCAGAAGAAGACGACAAGGAAGAGGCCAGCAAGAUAAGAGCCAGCAUCGAGAAAGGUGCCACACAACACAAGAUUCCAAUCUGGUGGUUCAUCCUCCAGCUGAUCCUGGAAGCGCUAACACACAAGCUUGGCAGAGAUGUCCUGAGCAAAGACGAGUGCCUCCAUGUCUCCAAGUCACUGGGGUUCUCUGAACGACAGCUUGAUGCUGCUCUGACCUUCUUUGACAAGCUCAACAUUUUCCUGUUCAAAAAGAACAUUCUGCCCGGAGUCGUCUUCACCAAUCCUCAAGUUCCUCUAGACAAGCUGUCAAAGCUUGUGGAGAAGCAGUACCAUCUGAAAGCUGCAGAAGCUGAUCCGACAAAAGCUGCAGGGAAAACAAUUGGAGGUGAAUGGAAGAAAUUCCGGGACCGUGGAAUUCUCAAUCUCAAGUUUCUGGAGGAAUUUAAGUCGCACUAUGUCAAAGAAAUCUUUACUCCAAGUGACUUUCUACUGUUGCUUGAAAAGCUACUCGUCAUUUGUCCCUUGUCAGCUACCGAGUACUUCUUCCCUGCUGUCCUUAGCAUGACCCCAGAAUCUCGAGUCAAUCAAUUCCUGGCCAGCUGCAUAGCCACAGAGGUAGCAGCUCUGGUGGUAGAGUUCCCCACUGGCUGGGCUCCUCCCGGGGUCUACUGCUGCAGUGUGUGCCACCUUCAGUCCCAUGCCCACUGGGAGGUCGUCCACAAGCCACCCACCACUCCUGACAACAAAGACACACCCAACAGGCAACUCUGCCAGAUCUCUCGCAACUGCAUCACAUUCUCAAAGCGCGACAGACCAGGCACCGUGACGUUCAUCGACAAUUUUUCCUUCUUCAUUGCCUGUGUGAAUGUGGACACCAGGAAGAUGGAUCGAGAGGAGUUGGUGGAGCACUGCCAGGCUGUGAGGGCGGAGCUGUUUGCUGCAGUCGAGGCAGGUCUGGAGAACACUCACCACACAAACUCUCGCCCAGUGCGUGCCUUCCUGUGCCCCUUCCAGAAUGAAGCUUGUAGCACUGAACUACACACUGCACGUAUAUCCGAGAAUGGCAAGAAAUGGAUAUGUUCCGAGAAUUCAAAUAUCUUUGACAGACUGAAUCCAGGACAGGCCGUGUGGCUUAGUGGCAUAGAUCAAACAGCAUACAAGCGUACGUCAUCACCAAAAAUGAGUGAUUUGGCAAAUCGUGUGGCAGCCAUCAUUCCUGGAAAAUGGAUGCAAGUUGCUAUUCAGCUGGAGAUUGGAAUGGGAGCAAUUGAUGCAGUUCGUAGAGACAAACGCGAGUGCUUUGAACAGUUCAUGGCUAUUCUCGACAUAUGGGAGCGAUCUUCAAGUCCUCCAUUCACCUGGAACACCUUAGUCAGUGUCUUGAAAUCUCCAUCAGUCAAUGAGAAUGCACUAGCAAGAGAACUGGAGCGUGAGUUUUGCUGUGGGGAUGUGACCUCCCAUUAUGUACCAACAUCCAGUUCGAAAUAACAGUGCGUGUUCAACUAAUUCAAAGUUUAUUCUGUAUUUUAUCUUGAGUAACUGAUUGUACCUUACAGACUUGCAGAUAUCAAGUGAUAUAAAACAUGGUAGAAACCUAACGAUGCCAUUUGGCUAAUUCAGUAGGGCAGGGGCAUAUGCCUGCACACAGUGCAAUCAAGUUGGGCAGCUUUGACUCACAGUUUGAAGUUUGAACAAAAGUAAUGUAAGCAUUACCUGCGUUUAGUUCACAUUUUGACCAUGUUUGCAGGGCAGCUGAGGCGAUAGUCUUACGGCUGUGCAUGGGUCUACAGACACAUCGAUGCAUUAGGCACAUAGCUUUGCUUUUUCUGUUCCCUACACCUAAUUAAUUCCUAGGCGAGUCUGAAUAUCUCGGGCCAUUAGCCAAAAUAGCAAUGCCUCACGUUCAAAAGCGGGAAUAGCUAUUAUGCUGGGACUUCAAAUGAUGUGAUAUCUUUUCUGGUUCUGUGUCCCACACGGGGUAUUG